ACUGACAUCUCUUUGCGUAUCAAUCAUGCAAUAACCCCUGCCGCCAAUUAUAGCUCCUUACCCAUUUUCUGUGAACUUUUCAGCCUCUCACACACACUCUUUCUUCUCCCCUUCCUAAAUUCAAUUCAAUUUUAAUAAGCCAAAUCAUUUCUGGUUUUUGCAUGAAAAUUUGGCACGGGUUGUUUGGUUUUCCUUCCUUCUCAUGCCAUAUUUGUUUUAAGGAAAAAUCGCCCCCAGUUUUUAAUUUUCUGUAAUUCAGAAGAAGGAAAUCAAAAGGGGUUGUUUUUAUCUCUGUACUAUAGUUGGGUAUUGGGGAGAGUGAUGCUGAAUAUUGAGGGUGGUGGAAAAAAUGGCGAAUCUGGUUCCGGGGGUGCUUCUGAAGCUUCUGCAGCACAUGAACACGGAUGUGAAGGUUGGUGGGGAACACAGGUCAUCGCUAUUGCAAGUUGUGAGCAUUGUUCCGGCACUUGCAGGGGGUGAACUGUUCCCAAAUCAAGGUUUUUAUCUCAAGGUUUCUGAUUCAUCUCACGCCACAUAUGUGUCUCUUCCUGAUGAACAUGAUGAUCUCAUUCUCAGUGACAAGAUUCAGUUGGGUCAGUUUGUUUUUGUUGAUCGGUUUGAGGCUGCUUCUCCUGUCCCCAUUCUUCGUGGGGUUAGGCCUGUUCCUGGUAGACACCCUUGUGUUGGAACCCCUCAAGACAUUGUUGCCACUCAUUCCCUUGGAUUCCUUGACAACAACAACAAUAAUAAGAAUGCUGUUUGUUCUGACAUAGAUAGAUUGAAAUCUCCUAGGAAAGUGUCUGGUGGUCAUGCUGUCGUUGGUGGGGAGAGGGACAAGAAGGAGAGGGUGAGAUCAAGUGGUGGUGUUAGUGCCAAGGAAGAACAAUCAGGCAAGACUUGUUCUGUUUUGGGUAAGAGCAAAUCUCAGUCUCGGCCAACAAAACCUGCAGCACCCAAGAUUGAGGUGAAGAGGGAAUCCUUGGCUAGAUUGAGGUCUACCAAUUCGAGGUCCAUUCCUUCAUCUCCGAGUAGUUGCUAUUCGUUACCGAGUUCUUUUGAGAAAUUUGCCAAUGGGGUGAAGCAGCAGCAGGCAAAGAUUAGUGCUAAGGUGGGAGUGGUGGAGACAGGAAAGGCUACCCGUGGAGCUAGUCCUGUUGGGAAGAAGGGUGCAGUGGGAAAUCCAAUUAGGAAUUUGGUGCAGGGCAUUGAGCUGGGGACCAAGGCUCUUCGAAAGAGCUGGGAAGGGAGUACGGAAGUGAAGACUAAAGAGUCUUCUAAAACCAGGGUUGCUACUAAGUUUGAUCCUAAGCCUGAAGUUCGUAGCUUGACUCCUAGAAGAAGCAUUUCUAGUGGAAAGUUGCCGUCUAAAGAGGAGGGCAGGAUCCAAGCGCCAACAAAAUCUGCUAAGGAAGAACACAAGACUCCAAUGUCUACGAAGAAGGCUAUUGCUAACGGAACUACAGAGGAACCAGAAAAGUCAAGCAAGCAGAGAACUUCCAUUGGAAAGAAAUCAGGAGAAAUUUCUAACAAUGGACUCCCGGGGAACUUGAUCAAAGUUUCUCUAAAUAGUAGAAAAGUGACAGAUGCAAGUGUUCAAUGGGCUUCACUUCCAUCAUCUAUUUCAAAGCUUGGAAGGGAAGUAAUGAAGCAGAGAGAUGUGGCACAGAUGGCAGCAAUUGAGGCCAUGCAAGAGGCUGCUGCUGCAGAGAGUAUGUUGCAGUGUUUAAGUACGUAUUCAGAGCUAACUAAUUCUGCUAAGGAAAAUAACCCACAGCCAGCAGUAGAGCAGUUUUUAACUCUUCAUGCAAGUCUGAAUAGUGCCCGGAUGAUUGCUGAAUCCUUAUCCAAACCCGUUCCAGAUGGUUCAUCUCCUGAAUAUGAAAAGUGCACAGUGGAAGAAGCACUAAAAGUAAAAUCAGAUAGACAAAAACAAGCAGCCUCCUGGGUCCAGGCAGCCUUGACCACCAAUCUGUCAUCCUUUGCUGUUUUUACACGAGAACUCCAAUCAUCCAGGCUUCCAGCUUCAAGGAAUUCUCAAAAUCAAAAGACUGUCGUGAGAAGUCAACCCAUGUUAGUCCUACACAAUCCAAGUGAAGAUGCUUCAUCAAAAGUUCAUGCAAAAACUCGUCCAACAGUUAACUCCAAACAGACCUCCCAAGGAAGUACUCGCAAAGCAGCUGAUGGAUUAACAAAUGGGCAGAAGCAGCUAGUCCAACAGCUCCCAGAGUGGAUCAGAGGAAAUGGCCUUAAUGGGGUGGUUAAUUUGGUUGAAAUGUUGCAAUUACAGUCCCGAAACUGGUUUUUGGGGUUUGUUGAGAGGUUCUUGGACAGUGAUGGGGACACUACCUUGUCAGAUAAUGACCAAAUAGCAGGUAUGCUCACUCAACUAAAGAGUGUGAAUGAUUGGUUAGAUGAGAUAGGGUCAAGCAAGGACGAGGGAGAAUCAUGCCAGAUAUCGACAGAGACGAUUGACCGGUUGAGGAAGAAGAUAUAUGACUAUCUUCUUACACAUGUUGAAUCUGCUGCUGCUGCGCUCAGUGGUGGAUCGCAACCGUCACCGCAGAUCCUAACAACAAUGACUAAAGCCAAAAGGUGAAUGAGUACAUAACUUAACUAUGCAUAUUAGGGCAGGACUAAUCUUGGUCAUUCGAAGUUGUCCAAGAAGCUCGGUCCCCUUUAAAAUUCACUUUUUUUUUUUUUCUCUUUCAUCUGUUUGUACAUAAAUCCUACAUGGGGGAUUGAGGUAUAGAAGGAGUCUCAUUAUUUGUUAGGGGAGAUAGCAAAUAUGAUUUAUGAGGAUAUUUCUUUCUUUCAUUUUUCAAAAUAUUGUUCAGAUGAAAUUAUACAAAUUGAAACAAUGGAAGAUAUUAGCAGACACGAUCUUUUCCCAUGUCCUACCUUGAAUGUGGUUUCUUGUAUAGUUU